GUCAUCCACCAAACAGAGUGUAGGUACAUUCAAUAAUCAAUCCAAGAAAUAGAAAAUGACAAAAAGUUAUUUUUAAGGAGAUCUUUCAUAAUCAGACAUGAUAGUGUUGACAGAGUCCGAAUUGAAGAGAAUUAAGAAUCUAUCAGUUAUUACAACAAAAGAGGAGUAAUUACAACACAAAAGGUUGAUGGAAGAAUAAAAAGAGAAAUAGUUGGCAGCUGCCUAAGCAAAAAAAUAAAGAAUGUUAUAGAUUGAAGAGGAGAAGAAGAAAUCUAUUCCACUGAGUUAACAAGAGCAAGAAGACAAAUUUGCCAAGGAUUCCUUGUUAUCAAGAGCAUAGGAAAUAAUAAAUGAACAAAUUGAUGAUGUCAAAGAGAUGAAUAAAAUGGUCAUGUACGCUAAAUGUGUUACAAUCAGAGAUAAAUAACUGUAAGAAAAAAAAGAGUUAUAUGAUCAGUACAAAAUGCAAGAAAAACGAAAAGACUUGAUGAUGGAAAUAGAGAGACUUAGAGCAAUCAAAUUUCAUGAGGAAAAGGAUCAGAAAUAAAAACAAUAAUUAAAACAUGGACAUGAAAUCAUAAUUGAAUAAAUUAAAGAAAGAGAAUUGAUAAGAUUGAAAGAAAAGGAAGAACAAGAAAGAGAAGGACAGAUUAUGCUUAAAUAAAUUAAAUAAUUAUAAUAGGAAGAGGUUCACAAGACCUAACUAAGAAAGAGUCAACAAGCUAAGGUGCAAGAUGAGAUUCUUGUGGCCAACCACAAGGCAAUUUUGAUCAAAGAAAAGAGAAUACAAGAGGAGAGAGACGAGGAAGAGAAAAUAUUAUAAUACAAUCUAUAAAAGGCAUAAAAGGAGGCUGAGUUCUUAGAAGAGUAAAGAAGAAUUAAGGAAGAGAAAGAAAGAGAAGUGUAGAGAUUGAGAGAGAUGUAGGAGAAGGCUCAAGAUAGAGCAGCUGAAUUAGAUCUAUUAAGAGCGAAAAGAGCAAUGGAACAAAAUGAAAGAUAAGCCAGAGAGAAAGAAAGAAGAGAAUUAGAGUUGAAGAUGAAAUUAAAUAAUGAAGUUACAGAAGCUAGAAAGUUAUAACAAAAGGAGAAGUUAGAGAGAUAUUAAGAAUAAGCUAAAUUAGAAAGAGACGAAUUCCAAAAGGUUAUUUAGAAACAAAAACAAGAAAGGGAAAAUGAGAUGAAAAUCCUAUAGGAUAAAGAAGCACUAAGAAAGAAACAUGCAGAAGAACUCAGAAAAUAAAUCAUUUAGAAUGAAGAGAAAAGGAAGUAGGAGGAAAGAGACAAGCUUGAGGAAGGAAAGAAAAUCAAAGAUAAAUUGAAUUAAGAAAAAAGGCUUUUGGAGAGCAUUAAGGACAAUAAACUUAAGGAUCUAAACGAAAAAGCAAUACCUGAUAAGUAUAAAGCAGAAUUAACUAAGAAAAAAAUUAGUAUUAAUAUUUGA